AUGGCCACAAUUAGCUACAAACCCAUGGACUUUGAAGCGCUUUUUCCAUCGCUUGUGCCUCAAGAUAACGACAACAACGGCGACGUGUGCUCGGUUGAUAUCAGUGUUGAUGAUAUUCAAUUGGUACCAUUGGAAAAAGCGGUAGAAAAUGGUAUUUACCGUGCUUUACGACGUUGGAACGAAGGAGACUCGGCGUUAACGGAUAAAGCACUACCAUAUUCUGAAAAAGUCAAGAAAUAUCAACGUAUUGCUGCUUUAGCGCUACAAUCAGAUGGAGUAUUGAAUAAUAUAAUGAAAGAAGAGGAAGAGGAGAUGGGUACAGAAUAUGAAGAAGAAGAAGAAGAGCCACAAGUGAUGGAUAGAGCGACUGUAGUGGCCAAGGAGAAAGCAGCAAUUGCUGCAUUACAUCGGCAAAAGAGAGAACGAAAGAAGGUGCAGAAAGAAUUAGAGGAGGAGAGAGUGAGAUUUGAGGCUGUAUUUGGAGAACUGGAGGAUAUUGACAAGCUGAGAGCUGAGAGAGUGCCGAGUGAACGAUUACAGACGUUUGUGAAUACGUUCAAGAUCAAAAAGAGACGACUGGCUCAGAAAAGGUCGGCUGCAGAUACGGUCACGGCGAUGAGUUUUGAGUUUGCACGGCCAAUGUUGGAUGUACAUGAGCAGGAGGAGAUAGACAAGAAAACCGAGGACAAUGCUACGGUAGAGAAGAUAAAGGAAAAGCUGAAGACCGACAAGAUCAAGAAAAAUUCGGAUGACGCUGCAAAGGACAACGACUUGAUUCUGUGGUUUGAUGUGUUGCAUCCGACAAAAUCCCCUGCAAGGACACAAUCCUUUCUUGUACGAAGGUCUCAACGAAUUUCUGAGCUUGUAGAUCUCAUUGCGUGUGCAAAUGACGAAAGACUACGCGAGCACGCAAAGGCGUCAAAGCUUGUGUACUUUGGUCGGAAGUUUUUUGUGGAUCGACGCAUUCCGGGAACUCUGGACUACUCGAAGGAGAUUGUUCGCUGGAUUCAAGCAAAGCCGGAGCGCCAGACCAAGUUUGGCACAUUUCUUGAUGGUGAUAGCGUGCCUAGUAGCCUUCACUCAUCAACUUUUGCUGAUCUGGAAUUGCAUGUCGACGUGCCGGGGGUAUAUAUUCACCAGGGAGAGUGUGAACACUUGUUGCGGCUCCGAGAUGCACGUUUGCCACAUGAACUUGACUCGCCAAAGAAGGAUGGCAUUUUUCCGUUGAGACUGCCGAACGCACUGAAUCGUACGCUUCGCAACUGCUUGAUCUGCCAACACUAUAGCGCUAGGUUUGUGUGCUAUGGCGACCGUCUUGCAGUGGUGGACCCCAUGUUUUUUUGCAACCGAUGCUACCGUGCUGCUCACUACGAUGCCAACGGAACCUUGCUCUACAACGACUUCUUGAGCUUUCCUUUCGUUCAAGACUAG